AUGGCUGACACUCACAGUUACCCUGUUUAUUUCGAGUGUCCCGGCCUGCUCGGGGAACAGAAGAACAAGAAAAUAUGGUUGUAUUUCCACAAUCGCCGAAAAUCAGACGGAGGGGACUGUGGACCGGUGAGGCGCGAGAGCGAUACGGUUUACAGCGUUGCCUUCAAAUGUCAAACAGGUAGGCCAUAAUAAUAACAACUAUAACAAGAAACUAACAUAGAGCUAAAAAUAACCUCGACUAUUAAUGUAUAUUUCUUAAUAAGAAACUUGUUUUAUGUUGUUUAAGAACUUUGACGCACGACAUUAUGCAAAAGUCACUAAAAAUGACUCGUUUUGGCAAGAUGGGGUUUAUAUUUUCAUGCUCUUUCACACAUAAAAAACGUCAACAUCAACAAUUUUACGGUUCCAUUAGAUAACAUCUGAGAGGAGAUUCGUUAGGUUUCGUUUUCGAGGUAAAUGAAACUCCGGCACUGCUGCACAGGGGCGUAUUCAAGGGUUGGUUAGAGGUGGCUAUGCCCACUCCCUUCUGAACUCUAAACCUCCAUAUCCAUGUUUUUUUAAAUUUAUUUUCUACCCUGGUUGACUUAAAUACUUUUUCAGAGACAGAGUUAAUAAUAAAACCAACUACUUAGGCAGAGAAUUUCAAUAUAGCAAAGUUUCUGAGUCCAAACUUUUAUUAGCUCUGAUUAUAAACUCUAACUUCUUUGGGACACUUGGAAAAGUUAAUUGAGGAAGGUUUAGGUGUUACCAAUGUAAUACCAGGGCUUGACACUAACUUUUGUCACAAGGAGCACAUGUGCCCCUAAGUUGGAAAAGUAAGGAGCAUACAAAACUUAAGGGGCAUGAAAAAUUAGAGAAAUUAAAUUUUCGUCCGACCUUUGCACUAUUAUUUUAAAUCAAUUUUAGGUCAAUUGGUCACAUGACAUCCAAGCUAUUGAAGGAAAACAGCCAUUUUUGAGAACAUCAACCGGUAAUUUAUUGAUGAUCCCUUACUCAACACGCAAUAUUGACAGCAAGGGUGCCGAGUAGAUUUAACCAAGCUGCUGUUGCUAUUCCCGGUUAUGGAGAAUGAGAAGACACCGGUAGAUCCGCAGUGAAUGUCUGUUGGAUAUCCAACCUAAAACUAACUUCACUGUGGUAUUUACAUGAAAAAACAUUUGUUGCCUCGGCUGAUUUUUUUUGGCACACAUGUGCCUCUAAAUUCAUUUACAAUUCGCACACAUCUAUUUUUCGUCGCAAAUGCGAGUGAAAUGGUCGCACUGAAUCCACUUUUAUAAAAACUGGUUUUAGGUCAGUAAUAGUAACAAAAGCCUGAUCUUGUAAAAAUAAACUCACAAAAUGCAAUAACUCAUGUCUUAGAUCAGCAAAGAGUCCUGCAAAGGUCUGAGCAUGUUGUGGAGCUUGCAGAUGGUCGAUUCGUCCUAACAGUGCGGGACACCCUUGAACCUCACACUUCUGCCAUCAACACUUCAGCACCAGACUCGGAUGUUACAGCUCCAGAACAGGUUAGCGCCUCAUUUCUUUUUAUUCAGAUUAAGUAAAUUCAAAAUUUGUCUUUAUAGAUUACAUUAAAUUUAUGAUUAAUAAAUGAUGCUAAAGAGGCAGUGUACUUCAUCAUUAACAUAUUACAACAAGCUUUAUUAUGGCUGGGAUAAAGUAUGGUGAAUGGGUAACAAGCAGUUCUCAUUACGUGUUCAUCUCUUUUCAACACAGAUCCCACUAGGCAGUCCUGCUUCAACAUCUCCAUCAGGUGGUGAAGAACAUGAACUACAUCUUGAUCUUUACCUCCUUCGAUACCUAACGGAAAGUCCCAAAUCUUGGAAAGACUUAGAAAAAGAUCUCAUCUUUUUUUCCUGCUCUGCUCAGCUUUACCCAGAGGAGGGAAGAGUUUUAGUCAUAAGGUCAGCUCAACCUGACAAUGAAGAAAGUUGGAAAGCUGAGGUAGACAAAGUCUUUGCUAGCUUCCUGUGCCAUCAUGAGGUGGACCCUCUCAAAGUUGAAGCUUUGCUUCAGUCCUGCUCCCCUCAGACCACAGAUCAGGUUAAGGUAUACAGCAUGGCCGGGAAGGCUGUCGUUGUCGGGGAACGCUCUCUGGUGAACGCGAUGUUGAUGAAUCUUGAUAGAGAGGAAAGUGUUGAACCAGUUGCUUUGGACCAGUCUUGUGCCCAAAGCAGAGUACCCCUGCCUUCCCCAGGGUUAGGACAAGAAUUACCUGAACUACUGCAGGUCUAUUCUUUAACAUCCUCCUCUGAGUCAGUGGUGGAGGUUGAAGGUCCCUCCAACCUCAGUGUCACUAACUCCCACCUGGACUCCCUUGAUGGCGUUGGAGUCGAUAUUGAAGAUCCAGGGUCAGUAAGAUUUUUCCAAAUCUCCCUUGAGGAAGAUGAAACCCCAAGUGUUGCAAAUUUGGCAUCCUCAGGCUUAGGUGAAGUUAACACAACAGUCGCCAGCUACCACCUUCAUGAAGGGCUUCAAGUGCUAGUUUGUCAUGGUGACAUCACCAAACAGGAUGCUGACGCCCUGGUGAACGCUGCAAACAAAGAUUUGGACCACUGUGGAGGGGUAGCUGCUGCACUGAGCAAAGCAGGUGGUCCUGAAGUACAGCAAGAGAGCAACAAUCUAGUGGAGUGUUUGGGGAAAAUACAGACAGGUGAGGUAGUUGUGACCACAGGGGGGAACUUGAACUGCAAGUUACUGCUGCAUGCUGUCGGACCUGUAGGUGGAGAAUCAGGGGGAAGAGAGAGGGCCUUACUCGAAAAAGUAGUCAGCUCGGCUUUGAAUUUAUCAGACAUCAUGGAGUUGGAGUCCAUUGCUAUGCCGUUUAUCAGCUCAGGGGCAUUUGUCUCUCUUAAAGUGUGUGCCGAAGCUAUCGUGACCGCUGUAAAGGAGUUUGGCAGCCAGGGAGGCCGAAGCUUGAGCACUGUCAUUUUGAUUGAUAACAGGGAGGAAGUGGUUAAGGCAAUGCAGGACGCAUGUAACAGAAUUCUCACCGGUGUAACCCCUGAACAAAGUGAACCAACUGAUGAUGAGUUCCCACUGGGAGCAUUUGCAGAAGAGGACGCUAGAGCUCCUGGAGAUUAUGUCAGUUUUGAGAUUGUCCGGGGAACAAUCGAGGCUCUGAGGGUAAGAACUUAAAAACUUACUGUUGUUGGAAAGAAAGCAACUUAGGAAAUAUUCCAAUACCCACCACAUCUGCUCUCAUCAGGUUGAUGCAAUAGUGUCCCCAAUGGUCGGCCACAAUCCUCUCUCCACCCGUGUCGGCAAUGCAUUACUAGAAAAGGUUGGACGUCAGCUGACUGCAAGAUUCAGAGAGGCAGCAAAAAGGGAAACAAUGCAGGAUGAUACAGUCCUGGUGGAGGACUUGCCUGGACUUCAGUCUGAGGCAGUGUUCUUCCUCAACCUUGCUCCCUGGGAUGAAGACCAAGAUGGAACUCCGGUUCAGGUACAAACAGCAGAUGUGCUUCUUGUAAACAUUAGUAAGUAAAAAUGUUUAUAAUCAUUCCAAGAAGCAUUUGUGCUCUUUUAAAAUCUGAUUGUUCUGCAGAAUGUGCGAUAUUUGAAUUUGUGUUUUUCCAUCUCUGCAUCCAUCUGCACCAGCCUGCACUUCAUCUUCUCAAUCACCUUCAGGCAGCCAAUCAACACAUUCUCUGUGAGGAUGUUUACAAAUUUCUUAAAAGUGGUUGAAUUUUGUCCUUCCUAGGUUCUGAGGAGCGGUAUCAACCAAAUCCUUAUUUCUUGUGACAGACAAGGCUACAGUUCUGUUGCUCUCCCAAUGCUUGGGGCUGGGAUUGUUCUACGUUUUCCCAACAGCUUGGUUGCCAGAGUUCUUCGAGAGGAGGUUCACAAAUUCAAGCAAGAGCGGUCCAGCAGAGCUCCGCUCUCUGUCCUGAUCGUCAUCCACCCCAAUGACAAAAACGUUGACGAGGUAAAGGAGAUGUAGUAUCAAACUCCAAAGAUGCAAGUCUUGUCUUUCGUAGGCUUCUGACUUCUUGACAGAAGCAGAACAAAAUCCUCAUUUUAUUUUGAUGAAUGUGAUCAAUGAGGGCUUUGUUCACUCAGACUGUAUACCAUCAGAUCAGAUUAACUUGUUCAGACAUUGCCUGCUUGGUUUAAAAAGCUAGCACCCUUACUGUUGCAUGUCAAUGUCCACAUGCCUCCUUUGGUUGCGUAUUGCUCCAGUCAAGUGGAUAAUUAGAGUUUAAUUAGCCAGACAACUCUGUCUUCACUGUCAAAAUUCAGCCACAGCCACAAGAUGUUAUCUGUGCUUGUUUACAUGUCUUUCCAGGAGGAUUUUGAACUCCAGGAACUUGCAAAUGAAGCUCAGCGACCACAUCAAGGUUGGUUUUGAAUACUUAUUUUAACUGUAACGGCGACUAAACUGAGCUUUCAUUACAGGCGUGCGUUUUCUUCCGACUGUUAUUUUAAUGAGAAACUUAAAGACGAUUUUCUUGCACAACUUUGUCAAAGAAAGAUAUUUGAGUGAGUCUUACUGUGGGCACAAAGAAUCGGAAUAAAGGCCCGGUAGGAAUAAAAAUGCGUCAUGUACACAUAAUCAGAAGAUCCUGAUCCAAUUGGGGCUAUGGGAUAGAAAUUGUGUUCCGAGAGGGGUGGUUUCUGCCGAUAGUUAUUCCGAAACGCAUUAAUGUAAACACUUAUUCUGAUCGUGACUCUCUGGGCAAAACUAUCCCUACUCAUGUGUGCUCUACGUCAACAUGACGAAAUUCCGCCGUUAGUGACAAGACGUAAAUAUGACGGGACCCUAAAGCUGAAUUCUAAUCUGAAUAAAGCUUGGUACAUGUUUAUGCGGAGUGGAUUGAUUUUCCGAUCCCUCAGAUUUUAAUCUGAUCAAGAAAUUUUGGAUAUGUAAACAUGGCUUGUUACAAGGCUGGUUUUGUCUUUUUCAUAUUGUAUGAAAUUUUACUCUGUCACUCUACAGGGUCUGUUACGAAGAGGAUCGUAGUGCUGGGGAAAACAGGAUCUGGAAAGAGCGACCUAGCAAACACCAUAAUUGGUGAGAAAUUGUUCAGCACAGACGACACCCCCAACUCUGGAACAAAAGAAUGUCAAAUAGAAACCAGAUCUGUCAACGGAAGAAGCAUCACUGUGAUUGACACUCCUGGUUUCUUCGAUGCAGGAAGGUCUGAGGAGGAGAUGAAGCCCGCGAUAGUGAAGUGUAUCACAGAGUGUGCUCCUGGGCCCCAUGCUUUUCUCAUUGUGCUCAAAGUGGAGAAAUUCACCGAGCAGGAGCGGGCAGUCAUCACUAAAAUAAGCCAGUAUUUCUCUGAGGAUGCUCUCAAAUAUGCUGUGAUUGUCUUCACCCAUGGUGAGCAGCUGCCUAAGAAGGUGAAAAUCGAGGAGUUUGUCAGUCAGAAUAAGGAUCUGAGUGAUCUGGUAAGGAAGUGCGGAGGGAGGUGCCACGUCUUUGAUAAUAGAUACUGGCAGAAUAAAGAGCGGAGUAACUACAGAAGCAACCAGUUCCAGGUUGAGGAGCUACUCAACACAAUAGAUCAGAUGGUGAUGGAAAACGAAGGAGGCUUCUACAUGAAUAGGAUGUUUCAAGUCGUAGAGAAACAGAUCCAGAGAGAGGAAGAGAAAGUAAGACAGUCCAUGGGUGAUGUGUCAGCAGUAGAGAUCAGAAGAGUAGCCAGAAGCAGAGUUAACAACGAGAUUUUGAUCAAGCUGGCAGGCAUUGGUACAGGAGCAUUGGUAGGGGCUUUUGUUGGCAUGGCAGCGUUGGUUGGAUUAGUCAUCACAGCUUUCCAAAACCAUGCAGCCUUCAUGAAACUCAUUAAAAGAGCCCCAGCUGUAGGAAGUGCCGCAGUAGGAGGAAUUGAAGCAGCAGGUCUAAGUGCUGCAGGCAUGGUUGGUGUGGCUGCAGGUGGCUUUGCUGCAGCAGGUGCAGUUGUUGGUGGAAUCAUCGGAGGUGAAGCAGCUGAAGGAGCUGCAACACCCAUGGAGGCAUCCAUCAAGGCAGCCAAUGCUGUCAUCAACAAAGGGAAAAAUUCUCUGAAGUUUAAAUAA